CAAUGGUUUUGAACACGUAGUAAUUUUUUGGGUUCUUUCAGAAUUUCAGAGAGGUGAUGUAGAGAAAGAGCUACCGAAAUCAAAACAGUUUGAGUAAGAAUUUCCAAUUAAAUCAUACUCCCAUCAUACAUUUGCAAAAGAAUUCCAUUGUUGAAUCUGAAAGAAAAACCACAGAAAGAAAGAUGUCGAAAUUUCUAGGAAAGAUAGCAGGGUUAUUCAGCAAGCGGACAAUGGUGGGCAUGGACAAAGCUGGGAAUCGUUAUUUCACUCGAAAUGAAUCCGUUGAUGGAGUCAUGAAAGAAAAGAGAUGGGUGAUAUUUAAGGGAGAAGAAGAUCCUACGUCAAUUCCAGUUGAAUGGAUAUGUUGGCUUAACGGACAACGCAAAAAAUCUCCAACUCCAGAGGAGAUGGCUGAACUUGAGGCCAAGCGUGAAUUUGUUAGACAAAACGUGAUGCGUUUAAAGAAAGAAGAAGAAGAAAGAAGAGCUGUUCAGGGCAGUACCCUCCAUGCCAAGAUAGCUGGCAAUGUUGGAGGUCCAGAUUUACAGAGUUACCUGCGGCAAUUACAGAGUUCAGAAGGAUCUGAACCUCAGGAAGCAUCUGGCAAUUUGAGCGAAUCUGAGAAAGAAAAAACAGAAUCACCUCAGGAAACAUUGGAACCACGGACUACGGAGCCAACAGGCUCAGGCCCUUCUUUCAAGGCUGGAACAUGGCAGCCACCAUCGUAGUGGCCAAUUUGGUGUAUUUCUUGAGCAUCAUGUCAACUGGGUUGCUGGAAUCUUAUAAUCUGCUGCAUCAUUCAUGUCAUUAAAUCAGUCUUUUUUUUUUCUUUUCAUCUUUUCCUACCUUGAUAGUAGAUAUCUCAUACUUUUACAAAUGCAGUUUGCAGAUGGAUAUGUAUAGCUGUAUUAGAUGGGGUUAAGGGCUGAAGACUUGGAAUAAGACAAUGAAUUAUAGGUUUUGUUUGUUUUUUUUAAGUCCUCUUCAUUGUCAUGAAAUUUUGUCCAAUUCAAUGUAAAACUGUAUAAUUAUGUCUAAAAUGUAAAAGGUUUAUCUCUUCUUGCA